AACACGACCACGACCACGACCAAAAGCAUAGACACGCACGCACGCACGCACAGCACGCUUUGGCAAAAAAUUUCAGAGGGGUGGGGGGAGGGAGAGUAGUGGCGCAAAAAGAAUAUGCCAUUGUUAUGUUCCUUACAGACAUUCUCAGAUGCCAAGUCGGUCUAAGAGAAACCCCACUCCUGCCUUUUCUUCUUCAUUUUGUGUUUGUUGCCUUCUACAUGCACGCCUUCCUCUUUCUUCGCUCAUCGCUUCUCUCUCAGGGUCGCGAACCGUCCUUCGAAUUAUAAGAAAGAAACCCUAAGCUUCAUAUGGUUGCUUAGAAGCUGGGGUUACUGAAUUGAAUGUGAAUGAAGACCGUAUGUUUAGUCUGAUCUUAGAAUACUCGUUUUGAUUAUGGGUUAAAAAGGAUUUUGGAGUUGGUUGCAGCUGUGGUUUUUGUUGGACCGAUUGUUAUAUCUGCAAGAAGCUGAAUCUAGCAGAAUAACUUGAAUGAGUAAAGGGUGAUCCAAUGGGCUCUACUAAACAGUCUGUUGGUUUGUUAGAUACCCUCAAAAUGGAGAGGGUUAGGACGAUUUUAACUCAUACAUAUCCUUACCCCCAUGAGCACUCACGCCAUGCUGUAAUUGCAGUUGUUGUGGGUUGCCUGUUUUUUAUCUCUUCUGAUAACAUCCAUACCCUUGUAGAGAAGUUAGACAACAACAUUAAAUGGUGGUCUAUGUAUUCCUGUUUGUUUGGUUUCUUCUAUUUCUUUUCUUCUCCAUUUAUAGGGAAGACUAUCAAACCCAGCUAUUCAAAUUUCAGUCGGUGGUAUAUAGCUUGGAUUUUAAUAGCAGCUGUGUAUCAUCUUCCUAGUUUUCAGUCAAUGGGAGUAGACAUGAGGAUGAAUCUAUCUUUGUUUCUUGCUAUAUAUGUCUCUUCCAUUCUAUUUCUUCUUGUCUUCCACAUUAUAUUUCUAGGUCUUUGGUACAUUGGUCUUGUUUCACGUGUGGCUGGAAAGAGACCUGAGAUCUUGACCAUUCUUCAAAACUGUGCUGUCCUUAGUAUAGCAUGCUGUGUAUUCUAUAGUCAUUGUGGUAACCGUGCGAUUUUGAGAGAGAGACCACUAGAAAGAAGAACCUCUAACUGGUUUUCUUUCUGGAAAAAAGAAGAGAGAAAUACCUGGCUUGCAAGAUUCCUCCGAAUGAAUGAAUUGAAAGAUGAGGUCUGUUCAUCUUGGUUUGCUCCAGUGGGGUCUGCCAGUGAUUAUCCACUUUUGUCGAAGUGGGUUAUCUACGGCGAGUUAGCUUGCAAUGGCUCAUGUGCUGGUUCAUCAGAUGAAAUUUCUCCUAUUUACUCACUAUGGGCCACUUUUAUAGGCCUUUACAUUGCCAAUUAUGUAGUGGAAAGGUCGACUGGGUGGGCUCUUACCCACCCUUUGUCCGUUCAAGAAUAUGAGAAGGUGAAGAAGAACCAAAUGAAGCCUGAUUUUUUAGACAUGGUUCCUUGGUAUUCAGGAACAUCAGCUGAUUUGUUCAAGACUGUUUUUGACCUCCUUGUUUCAGUAACUGUCUUUGUUGGUCGCUUUGAUAUGCGAAUGAUGCAGGCAGCAAUGGUUCAUGAUGGAGCUCGACAAGGGGAUCUGUUAUAUGAUCAAUUAAGUGAGAAGGAUGAACUUUGGUUUGACUUCAUGGCUGAUACAGGUGAUGGUGGAAACUCAUCUUAUGCUGUAGCUCGGCUCCUUGCUCAGCCUUCUAUUUCUGUUAAUGGAGGUGAUUCUUUGCUUAAUCUACCUCGUGGAGACUUGCUUCUAAUUGGAGGGGAUCUUGCGUAUCCUAAUCCAUCAACAUUCACGUAUGAAGGGCGCCUGUUUCGUCCUUUUGAAUAUGCUCUCCAGCACCCUUCAUGGUAUAAAGAAGGGCAUAUAGCUGUAAAUAAGCCUGAGCUGCCCUAUGGUGUGUCUGAACUAAAGCAAUAUGAUGGACCUCAGUGUUUUGUUAUUCCUGGAAACCAUGAUUGGUUUGAUGGGCUUAAUACCUUUAUGAGGUAUAUAUGUCAUAAGAGCUGGUUGGGUGGGUGGUUUAUGCCUCAAAAGAAGAGUUAUUUUGCUUUGCAACUUCCGAAAAGAUGGUGGGUAUUUGGUCUUGAUCUGGCACUCCAUGGUGAUAUUGAUGUGUACCAAUUCAAAUUCUUUUCAGAACUAGUAAAGAACAAGGUUGGAGAUGGUGAUUCUGUGAUCGUUAUGACACAUGAACCGAAUUGGCUUCUUGAUUGGUACUGGAAUGAUGUUACUGGAAAGAAUAUCUCACACCUGAUUCGUGAUUAUUUGAAAGGAAGGUGUAAGCUUCGAAUUGCUGGGGACUUGCAUCAUUAUAUGCGGCAUUCAUUUGUUAACUCUGAUGGGCCAGUCCAGGUGCAACAUUUGCUUGUAAAUGGAUGUGGUGGGGCUUUUUUACAUCCCACUCAUGUCUUCAGUAAUUUUAAGGAGUUUUAUGGAGCUACGUAUGAGAGCAAAGCUGCUUAUCCUUCUUUUGAAGAUUCAAGCAGGAUUGCACUGGGAAACAUUUUGAAGUUUCGAAAAAAGAACUGGCAAUUUGAUUUUAUUGGUGGAAUUAUAUACUUCAUUUUGGUCUUUUCUAUGUUCCCACAGUGUAAGCUUGACCACAUCUUGCAAGAUGAUACGUGUUCUGGUCACUUGAGGAGUUUCCUUGGCACUGUUUGGAAUGCUUUUAUAUACAUGCUGGAACAUUCUUAUGUCUCUUUAGCUGGUGCUUUGAUGUUGCUAGUUGCUGCAAUUACGUUCGUGCCCUCCAAAGUGUCACGGAAGAAACGAGCAAUUAUUGGAGUCAUUCAUGUUUCUGCACACUUGGCUGCAGCUCUUAUUCUUAUGUUGCUGUUGGAAAUUGGUGUUGAGACAUGUAUCAGGCAUAAUCUACUAGCAACUUCAGGGUAUCAUAGUUUAUAUCAGUGGUAUCAAUCAGUGGAGAGUGAGCACUUCCCAGAUCCAACUGGUCUUCGAGCACGUAUGGAACAAUGGACUUUUGGCCUUUAUCCAGCAUGCCUCAAGUAUCUUAUGUCUGCAUUUGAUGUUCCAGAGGUAAUGGCUGUCACAAGAACCAAUAUUUGCAAGAAUGGAAUGGAGUCACUUUCAAGAGGAGGUGCGGUCAUCUAUUAUGCUUCUAUCUUCUUAUAUUUCUGGGUGUUCUCAACACCCGUGGUUUCCUUGGUGUUUGGGAGUUACUUGUACAUCUGCAUCAACUGGUUUCACAUACACUUUGAUGAAGCCUUCUCCUCGCUCCGAAUUGCUAAUUAUAAAUCUUUCACUCGGUUCCACAUCAAAAGCAACGGUGAUCUUGAAGUUUAUACACUUGCAGUUGAUAAGGUACCCAAGGAAUGGAAGCUGGACCCAGACUGGGAUGGAGAGCCUAAACAGGUGUUGAGCCACGCUAGGAAGUUCCCAAGCAAAUGGAGUGCAGCUGCUCCUCAUCAGGACCCUAUACAUACUGUUAAAAUUGUUGACCACUUUGUGAUCCAUCAAACAGAUAAAGUUGAUUCUGGACCAUGUAAUGGAUCAGCCAUUUGCUGAUCUGGACUCGUCAUUCUGUAACAUUAAUUUAAUUUCCUCCAUUUAGAAAGCAAUAGAAACCAAGAAAAGAAAAUGGAAAAGAAUUAAAAAAAAAAAAAAAAAGUGAGGGAAUUAUUCUGUGUAUCCCUGUUUGCUAGUUGUUUCAUCCAAUGGAAAAGACGGGUCAAUGUUUGUCAACUAACAGAUUGGGUCCACAUAGGUAUAGGGUACUCGUGUCGCAGAUUAGAUAAUCUAAUGAUCUAAUAGUUAGCAAUUAAAGUAUGUAAUCCGUAGCCUGUAGGUAACCCUUUUACAUUUAAUCAGAUGAUGAUGUUGUUGUUGCU